GCCCCCGCCGCUCUGUCUUCUCACCUGCAGACAAGAAAAAGGCAGGCAAAUUCCAGCCUUUCAAGAAGCUCUUCGGCAGGAGGAAGAAAAGAGAGCCCGCCUCAGAGUGUGAGGAGCCCAAACUGAAGCCCAGCCACUCCUUCGGCAACAUCUGCAACGGGAGCUCCUCGGAUGAGGAGCCCGGCAGCGGGCUGAGAUCCUCCCAUUAUUCUAUGGGCAGUCGAGCUUUUUCCCAUGACAGUAUUUUCAUACCUGAUGGGAGAACAGAGAGUGAACAGGCCAUUCAAGCAAUGUCACAGGAGAACGUUUUAGGAAAAGUCAAAAUUCUUCAGCAACAGUUGGCCAAAAAUAUAAAAUUUGGGCAGCCUCCACAAAUGACAGUUUCUGCGAGGACAAUGGGGGAAGCAAACACCAGUACAGAAGAGGAUGCGUUGCUCAGCAGCCCCGUGGAGAUGGAGACCCAGCAGGACACGGUGAUCUCAGACUGCGGUAAUAAAUCCACUGACACUCCAGAUUUCUUGAGAAAAAUGAAUUUUCUUGGAACAGGACAUGAAAUGGAAGAAAAGAUCACUCCAGUUAAAUCAGCUCGGCCAAAAAGACAGUUUUCCUGUUCUGGCACAAUUGAAACAAUCAAUUUGGAUUCAGUUCCCCAGGCUCUUGCUCGUCUAGACAACAGUGCAGCUAAGCACAAGCUGUCAGUGAAGCCAAAAAAGCAGAGGAUGUCAAGACAGCACAAGAGAUUGACAAAGGGAUCACAAAGUUUAACUAUAACAGAAUUUGAGCCAGAGGACCUAGAAACUCAGCUGUAUGAGGACAUAUACCCAAGUUAUAAUGGACGCUUCACAGCAGGCAAACUAAUCCAGGACAGAGAUGAGCAGAAGCUGGCAGAGGAAAAAAGAAUUGAAGAUCACUGGGGUAUCCUUGAAGCUGAAAGGAUAAGACAGAUUGUAGAAAUGGAAGAACAAAGAGAAAUGGAAGAAAAAAGGUGCCAAGAACUUGAGGAGAUGUGGAAAGAACAGGAAAAGAGACGUUGUGAAGAAGAGAGGAAGCAAUACCUCCUUGAAGAAGAAACAUCUUUGAAAAUAGAAGAGAAAACAUGCCAUAAAGAGGAAAGAAGACUGAUGAAGGCUGAAAAAAGGCAAGAGCUGGAGGAGCAGAUGCAGAAGGAGUUGGAGGAACAACAAAGACAAGAUCUGGAGGAGAAGAGGCGCUGGGAACAACAACAGAGACGGGAGUUGGAGGAGAAGAAGCUCAAGGAACAAGAGGAACAACAGAGACAAGAGUUGGAGGAGAAGAAGCUCAAGGAACAGGAGGAACAACAGAGACGAGAGCUGGAGCAGCAGAGACUAAAGCAGGAGGAAGAGAAGCACCAGGAACUGGAAGAGCAACAGAGACAAGAGCUGGAGGAGCAAAAGCACCAGGAACAGAAAGAGCAGAGACAUCAGGAAUUGGAGGAGGAGAAGUGUCAGGAAUGGGAAGAGCAGAAGCACAAGGAUCUGGAGGAGAAACAGAGACGAGAGCUGGAGGAGCAGAAGAGGCUAGCACUGGAAGAAUUAAGGCAACAUAGGUCUGAAAAAGACAGUCAAAAGGAAGAAGAAAGAAACUGGCUGGAGGAACAAAAAGAGCUCAAGAAACAAAAUAAGGAAGAAAUACAGCAACAAGAACUAGAAGAGAAAGAGCUUGAAGAAGUUGAAAUAAAACUGAAGCAGGAGAAAGAACCUGAGAGCCUCAAACAAGAGAAGAAACAGGAGGAACAAAGACAGCAUCUGAAGGAGAAAGAAAAGACAGAGAAGGGACAACCCCAGCAAGUGACGGAUAAGAAAAAGAAACGGGAAGAGCAGAGGAAACACAAACUCACAAAACAAAUGCACAUGGAAAGUUCAGACUUCGUUCUACAAGAUGAACUGAAGCUGCAAAAGGAACCAAAUGGACAUGAAUGGAAUAAGCUGAAAGAGCAGAAUGUAGACACAGAAGGACCAAAUCUUCAUCCAAAACAAGAAAAAUCCUUGGAACAGCCACAAGAAAAAGAUCAGUUGUGUUCUGCUGGAGGGGCUGAUAUGCAUCCAGCAGAGGAGAAGCUCCAAGAAGGAUCAAGUUCCCAAAAAAUUAAACAGCCAGAAAAAGGGACUAAAACUGCAGAAGAAAUACUAGCCCAGAAACUGAAGAGAGAAGUUGAGGCUCAGGAACAAAAACGCAUAGGGGAAGAACUUCGGUGGCAAGAGGUAGAUGAAAGGCAAACAACAUCCAGACCCUUCACAUUUCAAGUGUCUUCUGGAGAUAAACAGAUUAUAUUUCAGAAAGUAAAUCUGAGUCCUGUUAUGCCCAUCAAAGGAACAGGACUCUCUUCUCCAUCUGUCAAAGACUGCAGGGUGCACACUACCAGUAAGGGCUCUCAUUCCCUCCCAUCAUCUGUGUGUGUACCCCACACAGCUAUUUUGGUUACUGGAGCACAGCUGUGUGGCACAGCAGUGAACUUGAACCAGAUUAAGGACACAGCUUGCAAAUCAUUACUUGGCUUAACAGAAGAGAGGAAGAAUGUGGAUAUUCCCUCUCCAGAGAAGUCUGAGAGAAAAAAACAGGAUCCCAAACCCAGCAGCAGUAAAAUGAAACAUGCACAAGAGGCUUUGAACAACCAGGCAGUAAUGGCUGAGUGGGCCUCUAUCCGCUCCAGAAUCCUAAAGAAUGCAGAAAACAACAAAUACAAUGAGAGAGACCGAGUAGCUGUCUGCAGGCACAGUGAUGACUGGACACCCCGAGGACGUGGUGCUCCCCAUGGCAACUUGAGGAAAACCCUCUCUGCAAAUGCAAAGUUCUCAAUAACACCAGCAUGGCAGAAAUUUUCAGAUGUUUCAAAAACCAAUUCAGAUGCUGAGAAUGUAAAUGUGUCAAAAGGCAAUGAAACAGUGGCUGUGGGGAGAACCACUGGCUCAUCUGCUGAUUCAAAGGAGGAUGUGGUUUCCACUUUUAAGGAUAACUUAGCUGAAAAGCCUAAGGAGAAAAUGGAAACCCAUAGGGAAGUGACAGACAACACUGAAGGCUGUAAAUUUGCGAAAGAUCUUCCAUCAUUCCUUGUUCCAAGUUUUCCACAUUCUAUGGGGAAGGAUUCACCCCAGCCAGAACUUCCCAAUUCUCUAGAACAUCAGCAGAAUAACAGCACAAAAAAAGCAGAUAAACCACCACCAAACGGAGAAGAAAAUGUUUCUCCCUUUGGGAUAAAGUUACGAAGGACAAACUACUCUUUACGUUUUCAUUAUGACCAACAGGCAGAGCAAAAGAAAAAGAAAAGAUACAGUGCAGGAGACAGUUUUGAUGGUGUGCCUGACCCACUCACCUCUACAGAAGGUGAGAAAGAAUCCUCUGUUUUCACUCCACAAGAAAGUACCUCUCCUGGCACUGGGAGAGCAAACAUCCCUGGUAAUUUAAAAGACUCUUCAGUUACUGUGGUGUUUUCACCACCUGUGGGCACACCAGUGGUCCCACCAGCCACCGGCCAGAGUGCUCUACCUGCUCAGGAGAAACCAGCAUGCAAGUCACUGGUCCCACAGAAACCCGCUUUAGCUCCAAAGCCCACCAGCCAGACCCCACCAUCAUCUCCUCUCUCUAAAAUGAACAGAUCAAACCUAUCUGAAAUGCUGGGGCAAAGGGUGUCUAAAGCUGAAUCAGAUGGUGGAUGGAGAAAAGAAGACAGAGUAAAUGCAGCCCAACCCAUACCAUCCAAUGACUACAAAAAUGAAGAGGAAGAAGUCAAAGAAAAGAAGUCAUUUUUCCCAUCUCUAAGCAUUCCAUGGAGAGAAAAAAAUGACAAAAAGCCUGAGCCAUUGAAGAAAGAAAAGCCUGUCCUUCAGAGCAGACACUCUUUAGAUGGCUCUAAAUUGUUGGAAAAAGUGGAAACUUCACAACCACUUUGGAUUACAUUAGCACUGCAAAAGCAAAAGGGAUUUCGUGAGCAGCAAGCUACGAGGGAAGAGAGAAGACAAGCCAGAGAGGCAAAGCAAGCAGAAAAACUGGCCAAAGAAAAUGCUGCUGUAAGUAAUCAGUCAGAUAACAAAAGUAGCAGCAGCAAGACAAGCACACUGCAGAAAUCUACAACUCAAGAAGGAGAGAAGAAAAUUGAGACUGCUGUGUCAAGACUAGAAAGAAGGGAGCAUCUAAAAAAGUCGAACACCCUUCCAACUUCUGUGACAGUGGAAAUUUCAGAUUCUGUUCCAUCGACCCCAGUGACAAAGGAGGUGGCCAAGAGAUUCUCUACGCCUGAUGCUAACCCAGUGUCAACAGAACCAGCCUGGCUUGCGUUAGCCAAGAGGAAAGCAAAAGCCUGGAGUGACUGUCCACAGAUCAUAAAGUAAACUGUGAAGUUACCUCUCUAUUGCUGACUAUUAAUUGCUUUCUUUUAUUUAUUCUGCUUUUUACACAUGACAAAACUGAAAAUGCAUGUAUUGGAAGGACUGAAAACUGAACUGAUUACCAUUUUGCUCUAGCUCAUUGUAAAGUCUACUCAAGUCACUGCUUUGACAAAUAGCUAAAAGAGGUCAUGACAAAAAUUUCACAGCCAGACUCUCUCAGAAACUUGAGAGCGCUCAGAGACUGGAUGUAAAUUUUA